GUGUAGAUAUUUUGAAGAUAUCAAAACACAUUCAGAAGGUUACUGAGCUAUUCAGUUCAGACUGACAAAAUGGAGAAAAAGAGUUUGAUAACAUUAUGGCAAAUGUUGAAACAACAGCAAACAAGCUUGGAAUCGAGCUCACAUGUCCUCGUGUUGCUGCGAGACAGGUUCACAGACCAAAUCACUCUACCCAGACUAUCAACGAAUACUAUAGAAAGUCCAUUUUCUUGCCUUAUUUGGAUUCUUUGGUUCAAUCGUUGAAAGAUAGGUUUUCAGAUAGAAACAAACCAUCAUUUGAAAUUUUCAAUCUGCACCCUAAAAUCAUGAAAGAUCUUUCUAAGGAAGAUUUUGAAAAGUCUAUUAACAAUAUAAACAGCACGUAUUGUGAAUUGUUAGACAACUUUAAGGAGCAAUCAAUUCUGUGGUUCGACCUUUGGAAAAACACGGAGAUAGAUGCCAAAGCCUUGGAAAAACUGAACUUAAUAGAGGUUCUUGAGCCAUCCAAAUAGCUCUUUGUCUGCCACCAACAACUUGCACCAUCGAGCGAUCAUUCAGCACUCUCAAACGUGUGAAGACCUGGAUAAGGAAUACGAUGUCGAACAAUCGUCUAAGUGGGCUAUGCCUGUUAUCUGUACACAGAAGAAAAAUAAAAGAAAAUAAAGAAAACUUCAUGCAGAAAGUAAUUGAUUUAUUUGCGAUGGACACCAGAAGAAUUCAAUUAUUAUUUAAGUAACAUUUUACUGACACUAACCGUGUUGCGUUUUAAACAGCAAAACAAUUUUUCUUGUA